AUGCGCCCCGACACUACCCAGGGCCUCGUCGAGGUUGACAGCCUCGAAAUCAAUGUUCUCGUCAACGACGAAAUCGACCAAAUCUCCCCGAGCCCGAGCCCUCUAGUCCGUCAUACGCAAUCGUUUGCAGGAGUGCCGCUCAGCCCUGUUCCCGACCCCGCCGAGCGUGGUGGAGCAAAGCUCGAGAUGCCAAUGCGCAACAUUUGCUGCGGUGCUCAUGGGCUGUCUCUAUUUAUUACAGCCAAGAAAGACGGCCAGAGUCGUACGCUGCUGUUUGACACCGGACCAGAGGAAGAUGUAUUCGAAAGGAACUCUAAGAGGCUGAGGCUCCCUAUGGGAAACGUGGAAGCAAUCGCGUUGUCUCAUUGGCACCGUGACCACUCAGGGGGGUUACUGUCUGCUAUUCGGCUGAUUCACAAUGACAAAUCAGCCCAUGGCCCGGUACUUGUGGCCCUGCCUCCUGACAGGCCCGAUUAUCGUGGGGUCAUGUUCGAUACUCCCAUAUCUCUCGAGCCUGAUCCGACUCUACAAGAGAUAGAGGAUGCGGGCGGCGAUAUUGAGAUUGUCGACCACGCCCGCACAAUCUUGGAUGGCAUGUUCUUCAUUUCCGGGGAUAUACCACGAGAGACGUCGUACGAAGGUGGUAUCCCAGGUGGCAUCAGGUACAACACUCGAAGCGGGGAAUGGACUAAAGACGAGCUGGUCAUGGAAGAACGAUAUGUCAUGUGUAACAUCAAGGGCAAGGGAUUGGUCAUCUUCACAGGCUGUAGCCACGCUGGCCUGAUCAACAUCGCCAAGGAUGCCAUGAAUGUUAGUAAUAGCGCCGUCCAUUCUAUUGUUGGCGGCUAUCACCUCGCCGAUGCUUCGCCUGAGAAGAUGAGUGAUUGCAUGAGAGAUCUAAAGGAGAUCAACCCAACUGUCCUCAUGCCUGGCCAUUGUACUGGAUGGAGGUUUAAAGGACUGAUUGAGAAUGAGAUGCCUGGCCGAAUGGCCCCAAUCUUUGGCGGUAUCAAGUACCAACUUUAA